CAAUUAAAUGGCUCGUGACAUCACGGGCAGCGGAGUGGAUGACGAGGAGGGGCGCUAUUCCAACCAGGAAAAAAAAAGAAAAAACACCACCAGGAACGAUGAAUUGCCCAAUUUGAGUGUCAGUAUUCAACACUUUGAGGGCUCUUUGCCCCCACCCUGGAGAAAACGUUUGGACAAAGUGCGCUUCCUAGUGAUGAAGUUCCUCCCGUCAUUUCGUGCUUUUUUUCCGCUGCAAUUCCAGGGAUGGCUAGUCAAGCUAACGUAGCUCGCUAACUGGUUAGCUCGUCCAUUUAGCCAUUCCCACUCUCCCAUAACUUAACCCGUUGUAUUAUUAUUAUUAUUAUUAUUAUUAUUAUUAUUUUUAAAGCGGUGAUGUUAUCUUCUUCAAUGUGCAAGUCGAAUGUUUGACGCUGGGAGCUCGUCGACGUGUGCUUGCGGUAGAUGGACGGGCUGACGGGCGGCGUUUGCUACCACUGCGCGGGCGUAAAGUGUCGGCGUCGGGGCGGCUAGGCUCGCGGGUGGGCUUCGACAAAUGUGGCAGGGUCGGCCAGCAGUGUCCCGCUGUCUCCGGGACACGAGUGAUUAAUAAAAAAAAAAAGGCUUUUGUGUGCGUGUGUGUAGUUAAGCUUUCACGACUGAGCAACGGCGCGGGGAAUGAUUAAAAAGGUGUUGGCACACUGGGAAUCAGAUUUUUUUUAACCCCUCCACGUUAGCUAGCCUGUUGUAUUUUUUUUUUCUUCUACCAAGAAAAUGGUCUUUUCCAUCUUCUAAAACGUCGCCUUUUUACCACUUAUCUUCGGGCAAGUCUUUUUUUCCGUGUAAACCGCUAAUUUGCAUACGAGUCUUAAGCUGUCAAAUAUUUGUCACCGGCAACGAGCAAAGAAAGUAGCGUGAUCCCAUUCGGCUGAACGGGAUUCCAUUGACUUGAGCUCGGAAAACCUUUUCCGAGUCCCCCUUCGUCCGUCAGACAGGGUUUUUCUGGCUCAUGCGGUGAUGACUCUUGACUCCAUGAUGGCCUGUUGCCUGAGUGAAGAGGCGAAGGAGUCAAAACGGAUUAACUCUGAGAUCGAGAAGCAACUGCGGCGGGACAAACGGGACGCCAGGAGGGAGCUAAAGCUGCUUCUGCUGGGUACUGGCGAGAGUGGCAAGAGCACUUUUAUCAAGCAGAUGCGAAUCAUCCACGGGUCAGGCUACACAGACGAGGACAAGAAGGGGUUCACCAAACUGGUCUAUCAGAACAUCUUCACGUCCAUGCAGUCCAUGAUCCGUGCCACUGAGACCCUCAAGAUCCCAUACAAGUUCGAACAGAACAAAAACAACGCACAGCUGGUGCGCGAGGUGGAUGUGGAGAUGGUGACAUCGUUCGAUCAGCCGUACAUCGGCGCCAUCAAGAUGCUGUGGGCUGACCCUGGCAUCCAGGAGGCCUACGACCGCAGGAGAGAGUACCAGCUCUCGGACUCCACCAAAUAUUACCUUAGCGAUUUAGAACGAAUAGCGACGUCGGGGUACGUGCCCACUCAGCAGGAUGUGCUGCGGGUUCGAGUGCCCACCACCGGCAUCAUUGAGUACCCGUUUGACCUGGAGAAUAUAAUUUUCAGCUAUCUUAGCGAUCUGGAUCGUAUCGCUGAAUCUUCCUAUCUACCCACCCAACAGGAUGUGCUUAGGGUUCGAAUCCCAACCACUGGGAUCAUAGAAUACCCUUUCGACUUGCAAAGCAUCAUUUUCAGGAUGGUGGAUGUGGGCGGCCAGCGGUCGGAGAGAAGGAAGUGGAUUCACUGUUUUGAGAAUGUCACCUCUAUCAUGUUUCUGGUGGCACUCAGCGAGUACGACCAGGUGCUGGUGGAGUCGGACAACGAGAACCGCAUGGAGGAGAGUAAAGCGCUGUUCAGGACCAUCAUCACAUAUCCUUGGUUUCAAAACUCCUCUGUCAUCCUCUUCCUCAACAAGAGAGACCUGCUGGAGGAGAAGAUCAUGUACUCUCACUUGGUGGACUACUUCCCGGAGUUUGACGGCCCUCAGCGUGACCCGCUGGCAGGCCGCGAGUUCAUCCUGAAGAUGUUUGUGGACUUGAACCCAGACAGCGACAAGAUCAUCUACUCGCACUUCACGUGCGCCACCGACACGGAGAACAUCCGCUUCGUCUUUGCCGCCGUCAAAGACACCAUCCUGCAGCUCAACCUCAAAGAGUACAACCUGGUGUGAAGCACUACGUGACACGAAGAGAAAGAGAGGGCGAGAGCAAGCCCCCCCCCCCCCCCCCCACACACCCACACACACAAACACACACACUUACAUUGUAUUAUUUACUUCUAGAAACACACAUUUGCAUGGAACACAGUCAUCAGCUUCGCGCCACGCUUCCUAUCUCUUUUUUCGAGGCUCUUGUUGCUCAUCACAGUAUACACUCAUCACGUGAGCCUCUUUAUGGGGGAAUUUGUGGUUGAACCUACUAUAUUAUCAACAGCGCUUGUGUGUCGCAGGGUGGCCCAUGUCGAAAACUUUACGGUUUAAAGGGCUCUCUCCCCUCCUGUGUACGCCAUGCAUGCUGUACACGACAGCAGUGUGCUCACCUUAAGGAAUAUAAUAUCUUCUGGUGUUAAAAGAAUACUCUCCCAAUUCAGAGUCCACAUGCUCUGUUGAAUGUAAAUAGUUUUGCUUACACACAGAUAGACGACUUAUCUACUUUUUACCUACUUUGGGGUAACGGUGGCUACACUCAAAGGAUUGUAACCUACCAUACACACUGUCCCCCUUGUGUUUUAAAGUGAGCUCCGAUUGAAAUGACAAAUACAUUUUACAACUACUGACCCCUGCUUCUGAAAUACAGUGGUAUAUAUUUAUAAUUUACUCCUAGAAGUUUAAAAAAUGAUUUUUCAGACCAUAAUUUGAUGCACUGUCGCUGCCAUGUUUUAGCGUGUGCAAAGCAUUCUGGGAAUGAUGACGUAGAAUGGCUGUUGUAAAAUUGUUACGUUGCUGCUCUCUGCGGAGCUAAGCUAGUCACAUGCAAACAACUUAUCGUCAGCGAAAAGAGUUAAAAAUGCCACGCUGUGCCACGUUUGGAUGCAAUUUCCAAUCAGGACGGAAUGCAAAAAAAGGGAGGUAAGCAUUCAUAGCUUUCCCAAAGAGAGAAAGUUGAGGAAACGGUGGGAGGAUGCGGUCGGAAGAGUUGAGCUGCCGAAAGAUCCGCGGCUGUGUUCUCGUCACUUCAGCCCAGAUUCUUUUUUUUUUAUUCUUCUUCACGAGGAGCCUAAACGGCCACGCGUGACAAGCGAAAGCCGAGCAAAACGACGCCAGCCACGUACCUUGAUCAGCCCGCUUUCGCAGUAGCUACAAAUACACCAGUGAAUAUGACCAACUCGAGUUUCUUCACACCCGUCAUCUUCAUCCUCAUUUCUUGUCUUCCUCACUCUCCUCAUUUCCCUGAUCACACUCUGACUUGACCUGAAAUGGCUGACCAGCGUUCAUUGCUGCCAGGGGCUGCUACUGUGGCCACUGCUAAAAACUCCGGCCGUCGAGCACAUCCCCAUUUGACGUCACUACCCAGAAUGCACUGCGACCAAAAGACAAUGGUGGCCUCUGUUGAAAUUACGAUUUGUAAAAAUAUAGAAAUCUGGAAAUGAUUAUCAAAAGUUGUAUCCUAUUGUUAUGUUACUCAAGUCGAAAGAGAUCACAUACACCAAACAUGUCAUUGCAAUCGGAGUUCACUUUAACACCCCUUUAAGAAGACAGCACUACCACUACAUUUACUGCAAAUCACUCCACUCUUGCAUUGCCAAUUUGACACCACAUUUCCAUUUUAUUUAAAAAAAAUUUUGUAAAUAGAAAUCUGUUGCCAGUAUUCCUUUAGUACAGGAGUGGGAUCCGGUCUGCCAUGCAAUUCUCUGGCCCUCAAGGCGUGUGGAAUUAUUGAUUGUAUACAUUUCUGUAAGUAGGGGUUUCUUUCCUAUUACUCAAGUGUGAGGGUUUCGGAGGUUUGGUUAAAUUCUGAUCUUGUGGAGUUGAAUUAUUAGUGUUUUGCCUUUUAUGCCAAGUCCUCCACCCGCACACAAACUCAAAUUCAAUUUAGCCUCGUCCAUCCAUCUCGCGCUCUCGGCAAAGCAAAUCUCACGGAAAACUACAUAACAAAAAUGUCACCAAAAGUGUAUGUACCGAAAUGAUCUUGUCUCAAUUACAAAGUACUUGAUGUGAUAUAUGGGCGUUUAGUGAAACACAAAAGACAAUAUUCAGCUGUAUAAGGGCAAAAUGCUAAAUACACGUGUUAAUUGUACCUUCUGCCAUCUAGUGGUAAAUCAUUAAAUUAUUCUGCCUGUCACUAUAUGUCGCUGGCAUAAACAGAACGAUACAUUAUUUGUAGAAUAUAAAUACUGUAAUCAUUUUUGUGCAAUUGGAUAAUUUUCCAGUGGCACAGUGGUUGGGAAUCACUGGUCUAGUCCGUGGUUAAAAUAUGAGUCAUCGGAUAAACUCUCGGAGGAGUUAGUUGAAGUACCCCCUGGAAAUGUGCAAAAUAACCUUAAAAUGGCCGCUUUAAAGCAAACUUACUAUUUUUUGAGGCUCACAACCUCUACCCAACUGUUUAGAUAUUAGGUUGUUUAUGAUUAUGAUUAUUAUUAGUUUUUAAAGACUUGUCAUGAUAAACAUGCCUACCAAAUAUGCAUUUUCACCAGGACGAAAACUAAUUUGGGUGACUUUUUAAGAUGGACAACCCCUAAUAUGGCAAUCGGUUUGAACAGUUGGUGAAGAAACCAAGAAACUUCAAGUUGAGCUUUUUCCCCUCAUCCUCAUAAAACCUCAGUGGAACUGUAAUGAAAUCAAUCGUUUUAUUUAUUAAUGUAUCAAUAUGUACUUUAAUGAUUAACUAUACAAUGGCCCAUUGAGGACUUUGUAACAACUGACAGGGAAAAGGUUCCCCUUUUCUUUAGUGGCUGCGAUCCAAACGUACAGUGAACCCCCUUAUAUUUGCGUUAGUUGCUGAAAAACUCACCUUGUCGCUGGCACCUAUUCCCUCUUUUUGUCCUCAGACCAUAACCAUGUCUAAUCUACAAAUCUAAUAGUUGGUGGCAUCUUGGGGCCGUAGAACUCGGGUGAGGGGAGGAGCUUCAUUUAGUAUGGCUAUAGUCUAUUUUAAUUGGGAAAACAGCACUUUGAGGCCAUCGUUUGGCAUCUAUAUGCAGUUACAAACCUUUUUGGAUAGACGUCACUGACUCGUUUCGUCUCUAUCCUCCACAAAUAGUGGGGGUUCACUGUACUGCCGAAUGGUUUAUGGUUUAUGGUGUGACAAUCCACUCUAACUUGUGAUUGGCAUUCUGUUUCUUCUGAAGGUGGAAGCUAUAUCCCUGUGUACACCAUUUCAUUACAGUCAUUAGUAGUAGUACUAGUCGUAGCGGUAAUAGUAGUUGUGCUGCCAGUUUGCUUCUCAUUGAACUGCAUUGCUUCAGUUUUUGUUUUGUUUUUCUGUGAUCAACUGGCACAUUUGAUUAACUACUCUGAAGUAGUUCAUUUAUUUAGUUGUGUUUUUCCUCUGGAAGAUCAGCGGGAUCUCCUCGAGCUCAAACGAGGAGACUGGCUUUUAUACUGCUGUAAAAUAUACAAGCUAUUUUAACGGAGACGUGUUUUAUCUUUCGACGUUUAUCCGUCUGUUUUUGAAAAUGCUUGACGGUGGAAUGGCAGCAUUGUCUACAUUUUUCGGGUUCACGCUUUAUGCUAAAAUCUGAAAAUGACACAAAAAAAUGAAAAUCAAAAACAUCUAGUCAUUUAAUAUUUACUGUUGGAGCAUUCUUGAAUUUUUGUAAUUUUACCGCAGGAUGUGUUGACAGUUGGUACCAAUCCCAUAGCGUUUCUCUUGAUGUUAUACCCUUUCUCUAGAGCAAAUAUUUUUUUGCUCAAGCAGGCGCAUCAUUUAUCGGUAAAGGGCUUUUGAAUCUUUGUAGUGUGUUCCUGCUCUGGUUCCGUGUACAGUAUAUGGCAGUGACGUAUUUUAAUGGGAGGGGGUCGGGAGGAAGCACCCUUCAAAUUUGGCUCUUGAGUUGAUCCAGUUGAGGAAGCCCUGCUCUAUAGCGCUUCAUUUCACAAUGUAAUUCAGGUCAGUUGUCAUCACAAGGGCUACUACAAGCAACUUUGGUCGGUAACAGUGCUAUGUGGGGAGGGGGGGGGCAUCUAAACCACAGAUGCCUAUAUGUGACAUUCCCUGGUGGCUUUUUGUUUUCUUCACAUUUUGCCUUUUUACAAGACAAAAAGGAGCAUAUCUCCUCUUUUCCCUCCCAAUCUUCACUUGUCCGCUUUUCUGACAUUUCCACACAGUCAUGGUUGUUGCUGCUAAAGGCUUCUCCCAAUUUGGAAGGUCCCAGUUUGUCUUAAUAAUGUAGGCGUCCUCAUAUUAAAGUCAGAAGCAAGCCGAGGUGUCCGUCUUUUUGUAUAGCAGUGUUUCCACCACCUUUAUUAAGCCAAGGCGCAUACAUAUUUUACAUUAGGUAAAUUUCGCAACAUUCCACCCAAGCAAAAUUUCACAAAAUGUAUAAACUGGAAUACUUAUUGUGAUGAUAGAAGAGCAUUUAAUUGUUCUGCCUGUCACUAUACUAUAUCACUAUAUUCGGCGAUGCAUUGUUUCUAGUAAAUAAUUUUUCGACUGUUCAAGUAAAAUUGGAUCAUUUCCUGGGGUACAUGUUAUAAGCUUUCACGGAAUGCUAAUGUGCAAAGGUAUUGGGAAUCAUAAUUCUAGAGUAGGUCAAAAUCUCCCCCAAAUGAAUAUGGUAAAUACAGUAUUUGCUGUUGUCCUAGACAAAUAAAUGCCUCGCUCAAAUGUGAAAAGAGUAAUAGUUGUGAAAAGUGUCAUUUAUUCGGGGUGUAAUGGUAUGCCCAAAAAUCAUGUUUUGUUACAAUAAAUGGACAAAAUGCAAAAAAAAAAAAAUUUAAAAUUAACAUUUUAAUAACUGAAACAGAUUUAAUAUGAAACAAAAAAAUCCAUAACAUACUUUAGUAUGUUAAAUAUAAAUAAAAUGUCCAUUCCAUCCAUGCAUCCAUUUUCUACACUGCUUAACUUCACUAGGUAUGAUGGCUAACUGCGGGGAGGAGGCGGGGUACACCCUAACUGGUCGCCAGCCAAUCGCUGGGCACACAUAAACAACCAUUCGCACUCACAUUCAUACCUACGGACAAUUUAGAGUCUCCAAUUAACCUACCAUGCAUGUUUUGGAGAUCCGGAGUACCCGGAAAAAAACCCAUGCAGACACGAGGAGAACAUGCAAACUCCACACAACCGAGGCCCGAUUUGAUCCUGGCUCCUCAGAACUGUCAGGUGGAUGUGCUAACCAGUCGGCCACCAUGCCGCCUCCAAUAAAAUGUAAACAAUAAAAUAAUUUCCCCCACAGGGAUAAAGUUUUCUGAAUCUAAACAACAGCUUAAAUAUAUUAUUUGUCGGAAAUGUCCACAUCAAUAGAAUGAAACAACAUAAAUGCUAAUUGCUAGCACUAAAUUCUCCAUUGAAAGGUUCUUAGGACAAUACAAUAAAGUGUCUUUUUAGGAAAUACACUGCCAAAAAAGUGACACAGUAGCAAUGAUUUAUUACAUUUGUCAUGGCAUUUGUUCUUGCUUUGGUUCCAUCUCAAGAGCCUGUGGGAGACAGUUUAAAAGAAGCGGAAAGUUGUUUGUACCGCGUUAGGUUUUCUUUUUCAUGCCAAUAUUCAUGCUCCUGUGAUGCUGUUCCAAAUUGGACGCACUGCCAACAGCAUCUUGUUAGCCAGAGGCUGAGCUGCGCUGUGUUUGUUUACAGAGGAGACUAUACACUCCCUGUCCCUUAGCUAAUAUGUUCCGUAUGGGUGCACUUCUGUACCAUACACAAUGUACUUGUAAAUAGGAAUACACCGUACUGUUACACCCCUAGUAGUUAUUCCAGUUCAUAGACACUUUUGCUCACACAUUCAACGAAUCCAGCUGUUACUAACCAAAACAGCAGCACCCGCCGAGUCACUCAAACUCAUAGGUGAAUUGAAAGUGGGGAGUUGGAGAGAUUUCAGGGACAGUGCCAAGCAAAAAUAAAGCAAUGUACAUUACUAGUAUUUUCAAUUCAACUUUGUUUUGUCCCAUUGAAGCAUGUUUAUUAUGCCUUUGUAAAAAAAAAAAAAUUAAAAUAAAUCAAAUUAAUUGAGAUGUGAAGGUGUUAAAAUGGCCAUCAAAUUCUUGAAAUGAAGGAGACUUCUGCCCCCCACCAUCCCAUCCCCUCUUCAUCGGACUGUGUCGUCUCCAUGGAUCAGAGCACUUAAGGACUUGAUACUGUCCUGCCGCCCCAAAAAGGCUUUUGCUUUCGCUGCCUUCUGAUUAUUAACAGUCACAUCCAGCUCCGAUCGUUUUUGUAAGGCGGACAAGCUUUUCCACGUGUAUAUUUUACGACCACUUAAGAUUUUUUUCUGUUUUUCAAUAACUUUGUGUAGUGGUGUACAAAUUGAAAGUAAUGUAUUCUUUUCUUUUCUUUUUUUAAAGUACAGUAUGCCAAAUGUAAAUUUUGUACAAUGUGUGCCAAUCCCCUUUCUUUGUAAAGCCAGACUCUUGAUUUAAUACUUAAGUGCCAAUGUUGUGAGAGAAAGGGGAGGGGGAAUCAGGGCCCGUGAAUUUUCAUGGUCCACUUUUUGAAAAGAAACAAACACUAAAUAUGUGAUUAAUUAACAAACGUAUUCUUUAUUUAAGAUGAUUGAUCUGCUGUUUUUAACUGCAUGCGUUUGUCGGGCGGGGAGGGUGACGUCAUGCCAGCCAUGACCUCACGGAAAGGGUUGUGCUUCUUAUGGACUUUUUGAUUUACAGUAUUUUAGCCAUAUUUCUCUUUUUUUGUAUGUUUCAUUUCAACCACUGUUGCCUGAACCUCAUUUUAACAUGAAAACAACUUUCAUAGCCUUCUCCUUUUCAAUGUUUUCAAUUGGAAUAAAAAAUAUUCCUAUACUCGCCUA